AUCCUCUUGCUCCGUACACAGAAAGCGCAAUAUGCAAUUUUUUAGCGCACGCAUGAUGAUUCACGUACGAAUGGCAUGAAAAAUGCCGURUUUUAUGUUGGAAUGCGCAUCUUCGCUCAGCAGUUCAUGCAGCAUGGAUGCGCAGCAAGUCCGAGUAUAUUUCUUUUAAAUAUAGUCGCCUGGAUAUUGCUGUUUGUCGCCUUUAUUAGGCCACCACCUCAACAAAAAUCUUUUCCCUUACAACAUCGUCUUUUUGAAAAUUUUCACGGGGAAGUAUUUCGUGGUAGAGAUGUGUUUUCUCUUAUAUCAGGCUGAGCGCACCUCUUCUGGCGGAACACUGGUGAAACUCCUAUGUCGUUUCUCAGACYUGCGAACGAUAUCCUCCCARCCUUGCARAACUUAACGUUAGACGGGCAACCCCGUGUACGCCAGAGGAGACUGAAAAUAAACGUAGUUAACCAAGUUCUGCUUGUGAUGUUGUGGUUACGUAAACAUUCUCAUAUAGACACUUUAGCACUGUGGUUWGAUAUAGACCCUACGUCCGUUAUCCGCAUUAUUUACAGGACGUUACCAGUAAUGUGGAGAUAUUUUCAAAAUCAAAUCAUCUGGCCGAACCUCGCGGAGUGGAGAAAUCUAAUGGGCAGCUGGCCAGAGUUACCAAAUGCCGUCGGUGCUAUAGAUGCAACCCCGCAUGAGAUUUAUUGCCCUCUGGCGGAGCCUCAGCGACAAUUUUACAGUGGCCAUAGCCAUUAUCACUGCCUAAACACUCAAUUGGUAAUGGAUAAUGAGGGCCAUAUUCGGUUUCUUUUUUCUUUCGUGGAAAUCAUUUUUAUGUAUCUCUGAUCUUCGA